GCAGAUGUCAAAUCUCAGGGGAGUGGUUGGCCAGAAGCAUUUCAGUUGAUUCAACCGUCCGGUAGUGUGCCAAACUCGCCACACAUAUUCUGGUGGCUCACUCUUGUGGUUUACACAUUGGAGAACCAUGACCACUGCCACAGAAAAUGCGGUCCCACGAAAAAUUAGAGGGGAGCGAUCGCUCAUUGAAGCACUGGCUGAAUACCCAGGCGAGCUCGUAAAAACGGAUUCUCCGAACUUUGUUUGUAGCGUGUUGCCAUCGCACUGGAGAUGUAAUAAGACGCUACCGGUUGCAUUCAAGGUUGUUGCACUCGGUGAUAUUCCCGAUGGAGUUCUCGUCUCGAUCGCUGCAGGCAAUGACGAGAACUUCUCGGCCGAACUCCGAAACGCGACUGCCGUCAUGAAAAAUCAAGUCGCGCGCUUCAACGAUCUAAGAUUCGUAGGACGUAGCGGAAGAGGUAAGAUACGUGCCAACCAGUUCGCAUUGACGCGUAUUGUAAAGACUGACUCACUUACUGCAUUCAGUAUGGAAUCAGCCAUCUGGAAAACGACAUGCACUCAUGAAAACAUGUCAUAUGUUAUAUGGGACUUGCACAUUGGUUGUCAAUUUCAAAUGUCUGUUUGUGAAAGGCUUGAAUGGGUUUAGCAUGUAGUAAGUUGAAUAUUUUUUGCCCGGUUUGUUUACAUCCAGUUUAUUUUAUUUUUGCUUUUUUUUCCACCUGUGCUCAGGUAAAACGUUCACAUUGACAAUAACGGUGAAGACAGAUCCACCUCAAGUCGCCACAUAUUGCAGAGCUAUUAAAGUCACCGUAGACGGACCGCGGGAACCGCGUAGUAAGUCCUCACAAAAUCUUUCCUCAUUUUUGGGUUGUUUGACAAACGUAUUUGUGGUUCACCCGAGCUCAUCGUAACCCAGAAGGUUUUGAAAUUUUUAAUAAGCUUAGUGUCUCCAUAUUUUUUCAUUCAUUCCUUUGAUUUUUAUUUUUUUUUCCUCUUUAAAAUUUUUGGAUAAAAAAAAUUCUUCUAAGUGAAAAGAAAAAAAUUUCGUGUAUUUUCAAAGAAUUUAAAACUCUGAUUCCGACGUUGAUUUGAUUUUGAAAAUUGAUGUACAAUCAGAGAUAAACAUCUUCUCCGAUGGGCAAAUUCAUAAUUCCUUGUAGCUUUUAAUAUCUCGAGGUAUUCGCGGCCACAACAAGGCCAUUCCGAAACAUACAAGUCUGUAGUGUUUUUGCCGCAGUGGCCUGACUUUGUCGAUACUGUUGAAACCUAAAACAGAUAAAAAAUUUGCGGGUUCAUUUUGAAACGGGUGCUGCUAUGUUGUUUAGAUUCAUGAAUGCUGGCCGCCUUACCGCAAAUAAACAUACGCUGUGUUUAGAUAAAUACAGCCAUCCCGUUGUCUCAUUCUAUGCCGAAGCCACGCGUAGCGGGGACAAGUGAUUCAAGCGAUACGCGGGAACAUGAUUAAUGUUUAAUUUGCAAUUAAUGAUUCAUAAAACGGGCGAAACCCAUUGGUUGCUGCGUUAAUUGAAUUUAUUAUCGUAUGUUUUGAAGAAUCCAUACAAUACAGAUGCAGGUGGCAGGGCAGGUGGCAAAUAGGUUGUAAUGCCAUUUCACCUGUCUUCGCGAGGCUUUUAGAAAUGCAUUUGUUAAUUUAAUAGCAUUUCUCUUUCGUCUUAAUCAGGCUAAUAAAUCAGAUAAAACAUACUCCGAAAUUGGAUGUCUUAGAGACAAAGAGCAAGGCAAGACUAGAAAUUGAAAGCAAACAAUCAAGUGUACUUUUGGUGCAGUUCAGCUAAGGGUUUCAGCAAACAGAAUUAUGUAGUCAAAUAAAUAGAGUUUAUUUUUAAUUUCUGGAAAGAAACAUAUGUUGAAGUAAAAAUUGACUAAUUAGUUUUUAGUUUUGAGUUUUAUCUGAUCCUGCCCUAUGAAGAAAGUUCAAUUUUACUUUUGGUUUUCCUUUUUAAUUGAAUUAGGACAGUAAUUGAUUUACUUCUUCUGUGUAUUUAUUUCUGAUUUUUUUACUGGGUGAAAGGCAAUAAUACUACAUUUCUUGGCUAGGCCUCAAAAUGGGAUUUUUAGCUGAUCUGCUUUUAAUUGUCAUUAUUGAUAGUUAAGAAAAAAAUAGAACAUAAUUUCAUCCAAAACCAAAAUCCCUUAGUGUGACUUUCAGCUCUUCAUGAGUCAAUUAAAAUUUCCUUCCAAAACUUGUCCAGAUUUUUGUGGAAAUGAACCAAAACCCUACCAGCGUCAACAAAAUCUAUAUUUUAUGGUGGCAAGGUCAAAAUGAAACUUUUAACUUGAAACCACCAAAAUCAUAUAGAUGUCCAAAAAUCAAAAUUCAUGGUUUUGGUUCGAGAUAAACAAAAGAAGUAAUUUGAAACUAGACCAUAGCUAUGCAUAUAAGCCUACUAGAAAAUGACAGAUUCAUUAUUGAUUAUGAAGAUUUUUGUCACUGUUGGGUAUUGUGUCAUUUUAAUAUUUUAUGACAAACACAGAAGCCCCUUUGGACAAAAAUAUUUCAAUUAAAAGCCAGAUGUUCAGGGAAUUCAAUAUGUCUUUUGACAAAAAAAAAUAUUAUUUACAUCCAUAAAGAAGGGAGUUUGUGAAGCUCAAAGAAGGAUAAAUCCUUUCUAAAAUCAAUCAAGUCAUUAAAUAAUUUUUUUGGGCAAAUCUUAUUAGAUCAAUUUUUUCCAAACAUAUUGAAGUUGCUCGCCAAAACUGGCCUCAAUGUGGUUUCUUUUGGUAAGGUUUAAGUGAAAUAUAAGAAGUUUGUUUGGUAAUAACCACAUAUAUAGUCAUUGUAUUGAAUCUUUUGGAGUCCCAAUUUUGCCUCACCAUCAUAGAAGUUCACCCUCAAACCACAAAAUAGCAAUUAUUCUGUCAGAGAGAUCAAGCUUGGAGAAUUCUCUUAUAACUCUCUAUUUAAAAAAAAAUCAUGAACUUUGUCUCCCAAGCAAUAAACCUACUUCACCAAGCAAUACAUUUUUUACCAAAAGUAACCUCAAAUUUUAUAUUUUAUAUUUUAAAUUCACUAAAAUUUUAAAACCAUUAAAUUUCGCGAAGAAACCAACAUCAAGCAACUCUUAUCGCAAGAUUUCUCCGUCUUUACAAAGACUUAAACAUUUUUCCCAAAUGAUGAACAUGCGACUCUCCUUCAUUUGCAUCCACAUAAUUUUUAUUUCUCAUUAGCAUCUGAUGUAAGCGUGGGUAGUCAGCGAUAAAGGACUCACUUCAAAGCACGACCUUUCUAAAACCAAAUUUUCUCUUUCUCUUAUCUUUCCUAUUAAAUCCACCGUCUUUGGCAUAAAAUCAUUUGGCCUACUUGUUAAAUGGCUUGCAAUAGAAUAAUUGGCCAUAAGUUUUGUGUGAUAUUAUGUAAUUUUCUUAAACCGGAAAAUCCACAAAUUGUCGAGAAACCUUUUCAGUCUCAGCAAAACUCGGUGAAUAGCAUAAAAUCAUAUGAUUUAAGGUCUCUGAUGUAAGAAGUAUCCAUCAUUUACUCUAAAUUCCAAAGGAAAAAGUUAGAAAAAAAUCAAAAUAACAAGAUUCAACGAGCAGCUUGUCGGACCUUUAAAGCAGGAAAAUUCAAACAUUGAUUUAAAAGCAAAUGAUAAUGAUAUAGCUGAUAGAAGAUCUGAACAUUUAAUUCUGAUAUUUCAAAACGUAAACUGAUGUAUAAAAAUCUUCUCGCUUCUUCUUCAUGGCGACGUAAAUUAUCAAGAUCGAGCUUGAAUUUAUCGCAAAGACGAUUACAGAUCUUCUGCUGUGUACCUCAUGCAAUGUUAUAAUUCGAAGCUAGUGGAUUCUCAGCUGAACUGGGUUCUCCGAUACCGCAGUUUUAAUGUAAUUAAUAGUCGUACAAAGAGUCCCCGAACUUGGCCUGUUGAUAAUUCUUUUAGCGUCCAACUGUUCACACUAGGAGAGAAACGAACUUGUGGAUUUUUCCAAGAGAGAACCACGCUGCUACUUAGGCUUCAUUUUGUCGAAAUUGAUGAAAAAAAAGAGCUGUUCAAACCUGUGGUUGAACAUCGUGCCUUUCCCUGCUACAUUUCCAAUUUUUUCACUGAUUUUUUAACCCAGAAUUUCAUGGCAAAAAGGAACUAUCGAUCGUGACUGAUUCAAAUUCUCAAUUAAGCGAGCAAUAUCCAGCGCUUUGCAAACAUUCCUUGAUUUUAUACGUAGAUUGUCGACAAAGUUUUCAGCUCUUCAGCGUUUUUUGUACACGACGCAUUUGCCUGCAGCAUUUUAUAAAUGGUAAAUUUCCGUAUAAGUUCUUCUGAUAACCCCUUUCUUUUCCAAAAGCUAUAAAUAACCGUACUUCGAAAACUUAGCUUUUUUAAUCUUCUAAAGACGUUUAUAUCCUCUCAGCCAAAUGAAGCAAUGUUAGGGAUUUAGGAUCGCGGUCAUAUUCAAAUUCUGUCGCAAGGAUAGUUAUUGAGCGAAUGAGGGCAACCUAAUAGCCUUUUUUAUUCAUUGCUUCCUUCAUGAAGGGGAGAAAUCGCGGCUAGUAUUUAUAAAACGAGCGCUAGUUCUUGUGUUAAGGGUGAAAUUGUUCGAAUAUUCUAAAUACAGUUCGUUCUUUCCAGUUUAAAUUUCCCUCAAUUUACUUGCUAACGGUUGCAAAUACAAGAUGGCACUCGACGUGAAUUUAAUAACAAAUCUUACCCUAGUCCCAAUUCAGUACCGAGUCAUGAUUAAGGAAUAAUAACACGUGGGAAUCCUUGAUACGAUUUAUUUCGACUUCUGUGAAUAGAAAGAUGCCUCUUGGCAUAUUUCCCAAAUGGGAGCUUUUUACACGCAUCCAAAGUUACAACAACUUGGGCUGGCGUCAAGUUGCUCUCAUGACAGGAAAUUCAUUUUUCUUUGAUAGGACACAGAACCCGUUCAGACGAGAGAGACCAAGCAGGCUACGACCAAUUUCAUUUUUCAGAUCGUCUCUCAGAGUUGGGAUUUGAGGGCCUCCGUCGCUCUAUUAGAGACAACAGCUUCGGCCCGUUUACAGAGCUUCACCCAGGUCCUUUGCAACCCGUCAAAUUACCCCCGGACGGUACAUCAGCCUUCAGCGCGCUCGCUCCCGGUAAGUAGAGCUAUGUGUUAAAACCUUCAUUUACUUUGUAAGAAGCUUUGAAAAAAAGGCCAUUUUUGGAGUUUUCUGGUUUUUCCGUCUGCUAUCAGCUUUAGAGGAAUGUAGCGAAAGGGUGGAGGAAAUGGUUAGACAAGGAACAUUUAAAAUCUGGUUUCCGGAACCGCUUCGUCAUAAGCACAGCACUGUUUUUGUUUAGUUGAAAUCGCGAGAGACAAGACUGCAAUUUUUCGUUUUUUCCCAACUCUUUUUCGUACAGGCACGGUUAAUAAGCUGAUAUCGUUUACUUUUGUUUAAAAUCCAAGGCCAUCUUUACUUAGCAAUUUUCCUAAUACUGGUCACCCAGCCAUCUAGGUUUUUUUCACGAUAGUUCUUUUAAAGAAAUGGUUGAAACUCUUAUUUGACGUCGGCUGACUUGCCUAAUGCAACUCGUACAAAACGGAAACAUUAACGCCCUUUUUUCCCGUCUAGACAACGAAAAACUCUCCUCAAGAUCACACCUUUCCACAGUGUUAAAUUUUUUUCUAAUUUCCUUUUAGGAAACCGAUAAUUAAACUAACACUCUCUACUGGUGUUUUCCAAUAGACUAGUGAUACAACUGCUGAGGAGAACGAAAGCAUUGAUACCAACGUCUCAAUAAUCAUUUGUAAAAACGGAAUCUUUAAGGCUGUUGCAUGGUUGAAUCUUAGACCCUUUGUAAAGAUAGUGUCAUCAAGUGAACAAUGUGCAAAAUCGGGUACUCGGUCAAUAUUUACUUGACGGACUUAGUUUGCGUUCAUAAGUGUCGCGAUGGACUCCUCAUUGCGUUCGCAAGACAUUACCAUCUAAGUGAUCUUAAAUCAGGAUUAAGAAUGUUCCCCUUUUCAGUCGUAAGAUUCGGCUGCCUACAAGUCUUCAUUUUAAACAAUGAGGCUUCGAUAGUGUCCUAAAAAUAUCCAAGGAGACUUAAAUCAAAGAUUUCAAUCAAAACCAAAUGUGGCUUUUUGUAAUUCAAAUGUUCUGGAAUUGAAACAGUGCCACAAUGAAUCGGAAAUAGGAAAUGGCGCCAGCCGACGAUCUUUAAUGGAUAUCUUGAGCUGCCAAGGAAAGCUUUUUACUUUUUUUUUCUGUCGUAGUUCCUUUUUACCUUGAAAAUGUUGUUUCAAAACUUAGGAGAGAUCUACGUGCCCUCGAUAACGUGCGGUAAACCAGUUUUGUUACAUUUAAUUGGAGUUGACUUAGCAAACUAAUUGUUUUUGGUUACCUCUUAUUAUGUGGUUUGUAUCCACUAGAUUCAAUGAUUAUGGGAAAGCUCGAUAUCGAUGAUCUUGGAGUAUUCUUUAUCUAAAGAUGCCAUAACAAAAGAAUUUAUCUCUUUUAAAACCGGAAAAAGCUCUACGUAUCGAUGUUUUAUUCGAGUGCGCGCGGAUAGCAUUGUUCGAUGUUGUGAACAAAGAAGGAAUUCAGCUCUUUGCUAAUUCCUAAGCUUUACUUCCAUAUUUCGUUAUCAAAAUAACCUCUGGAGGCUCUCUUUAGUAUCAUUAGAAACCUGUGGGGAGUUCGCUGUGCUAUUCAAAACAAGUGCAAUAUGUUUUGUUUCUUUUAUUUACAGAUAGCAAUCAAAUCCGUUCACCGUCCACGUGGGGUUUCCACGCUGGCUUUCCGGGAUUUUUAGGCCCAAAUUUGCCGCCUCACGCUCCACCAGAUGCUCAAGUAAACUUAACGGCAUUAAACCCACUCUCAGCGCCUAGACCUCAAGUGAACUUGCAGAAUUCGAGUGGUAAUGUACCCAUGCUUCCUCAUUACUCCGAACCAAGAUUUCAAGGCAUAGCACAGUUUCCAUUUCGUUCAUCGCCGCAAGCUACAACGAACACGACUCUGACAACAGUAUCAGACGGUAUCGGCGGAGGCAUGAAUCAAGUGUGCCCGGCACCGCCCAUGGAUCCUGCUCACAGCAUGUUCUCUUCACAAUGCCAGCAGCUGAACACGUCUCCUGGAACGAAUUCCGUUGUUAACAACUCUAUGUUGAACAACAAUAGUUUGCCCAAUGGCAUGGUGAACAAUGGAUACACCUUUCGUCCACAACCAUUCAUGCAACAAACAGCAAUGACUAAGGUAAACAUGCCAAUAACUCAAACUACAUCAGUGGGAGCUAUCACGCAGGCGAACACCACUGCGGGGGUGACAUUCCCCCUGUCGAGACCUGGUGUGAUGCCCCUUGUGGGACAAAGCAUGGGGGUAGGAAGCCCCGCUGUUACACAGAGGAUACCGCUACCUCUUGGAAACGUGGAUUUGAACAGCGUGGGUAGCUUUAACGGUCUGCCCAGAAGCGACGGGCACGGAAUGAUCUCGUUGAAGCAGGAGCCUAUUGAUAAUAUGUCAAAUCACGUUGUAAAUCACCACACAGGACUCGAGGUUUCACACGCGGACACGGUCCUUCACGAACGGAACGGUACCACAACGCCAAAGGGAGUGUGGAGACCUUAUUAGCGAGUAGGAGUUUGUAGGAAAAUUCUAGACAAUGGAAACCAUCCACUGGUAUUUAAAUUUAACUUAACAUACGCCAAGAUGUGCGUAAAUCUACAAAUUUUAAGGCGGAUUUUUAGGUCGAGAACCCCUUUGUUUUAAAACAUAGAUUUCGAUAUCAUAAGCCGUUGAACUUGACUCAUUUUGGACCGAAUUAGCCAUGUUUUUUUUUAACUUGCAAGUCAUUGCAUUUAGACUCCAAUCGCUCUUAAAAGUUUAAUGAAAAUAUAACACGGAGUUUGAUAGGCCCACAAAUUCAGAUCGUAGAAAGCAUCCGUGACAAAAUUGACAACGCACUCUUGUCCUUAAAAAUUAGGGUGCGGAUUUUAAUAUUCGCAAAUUUGUUUCGUUUUCUUCCGAUUUAUUUAUUUCUCACUUGCCUCCGGUGAAUAUGUGAAAACAUUUGAGGCAUAAUCCAUAAUGAAAUUAAAAUAUAAUUAACUAAGCGAGGAAGAGUACCAUAAUAUGGAAAGAGAGCUAAAGAAUAUAGUAUUGAUAUUUAUACACAAGUAUUAUUUGAAACCCUUCGGAAAUAAUAUGUUUGAAAUGAAAUAAGAUUUCAAGAAUUAUUCACAUGCUGCGCGUGAAUUGAUGAUUAAAUUGUUAGAAGCUACUGAUGCUGUACCUCAUUGUUAUUAGUAGUAUUAUUGUUUUAUCAUCAUCAUUAUUAACAUUAUUAUGACAUCUAUUAUAUGUGAAUUUCGUAUAACUGUACAACCAAUUUCCAUUUGACCGUAAAUUGGUGUUAUUUUUGUCCUUAAACGUUUAUUUUUUUUGGCAAAAUUGAUCUGUUUGUUGUUCGUACCACUGGACAGCUUCUUGGCCGUUUGUUCUAGAAUCGUGAAAACUACAUAAAUUCAACUUCAAUUAACGGACAAAGCAACGCACCCAAUAUUACUGUUUAUAUAUUUGCGUUGAAAUUUAGGCCGUUAACGAACUCAAUAAUGAAACAAACAGUAAAAAUUUAAAAAAAUAAAGACCUACUGAUAACUUAAGUCCCUAUAUUUCGUAUUUUAACCGCGAAUAAAUUAUUAAAUUAGGCGAGGUGACGCCAAUUUUUCAUCGUGUACUGAAAUAUAAAAACAAACUGUAGUAUCUAAUAAUUUUUUUAAAAAGUAUGUUCGAUUGCUAGUGGUAUUUAUUAAUUAUUGUUCUUGUGAAAGAAAGAUUAAUUGCAGUUAAGAUGCAGGAUUCUUAUUGUAGUGUUGAUAAUAGUGACAACAAUUAAUUGAGGCGGCCGCAGACACCGCAAUAACUUCGCAUCAUUAAGUUUGCGAUUAAAGAAUGACAACCAUAACAUUAGCAGUGAUCGUUGUUGUAAAAGUCAUGCAUAAGCACUUAUCUAUAAUCUUAGUGAAUUAAAUAAAACUGUUCGAGACCAUUUAAAGAAACAGAAUCUUGA